AUGAGCGUGGACAGGGAUGAGCGGGAGCGGGACAGGAGUCCCGAGAAGCAGAGCGACUUCAAGGUCUUUGUGGGAGGAAUUUCAUGGCACACCACCGAUCAGGAGCUUGCAGACACUUUCAGCAAGUAUGCCCAGGCUCCUGUGGAUGCACGGGUCAUGCUGGACAGGAUCACCAACCGUUCUCGCGGUUUUGGGUUCGUUACAUUUGAUACCAAGGAGGACAUGGAGGAGUGCAUCGCCAAGCUGCACGCAACAGAACUGGACGGACGAAAGAUCUCUGUGACUAGGGCCAUCCCUCAGUCAGAUAUCGCCCCGGGCGCGCCUGCAUCGGCCAUCCACGGUGGUUCCCGAGGUGGUCGUGACAGGUACAGGGGGGACUAUGGGAGCCGCUACGAUCGGCCGGACAGGGGAUACAGGAGCGGAUAUGACCGGCCGCCGCCUAGAGGCUAUGACCGUGGUUACGGCGGCGGCUAUGACCGCGCGCCAUACCCCGAUCGCGGCUAUGGCGACCGGGGGUAUGACCGAGGCUACGCAGGGGAGGGUGGUGGAUAUGACAGAGGCCAUCCCGACCCAUAUGCCUACCCGCCAAAAGACCCCUAUGCCAGGGAUGCAUAUGGCUAUGAAGAGGCUCCGCAGUCUUAUGGCUACAGCGAUCGUGGAGGCUAUGCUGCCCCUUACACCCGCGGGGGCCCCAUCACUGACAGGUACAAUGGAGGAGACAGGUACUCAGGUAGCGCAGGGGCUGCUGCUCCGGCGGAAAGGUCCCCUGAUCGCUAUGCGCGUGCACCGGGAGGUCCAGACAGGGACUACGGUGCAGCGCGCUACGGUGGCGGCGCCCGGCCCGGGCCGUAUGAACGCAGCGGCGAGGCUCCCGGCCGCGCUCCCCCGCGCGAGGCGCCGCGCUCGCGCUGA